GUGGGAAACCUGCAGGGAAGUCGUGGGAGGGGCAGGCUGGGAGGGGACCUGGGACCCGUGGCAAUGUCAGGAAUGCAUGGCAUCAGGGCAGGUCUGGCUGCUGAUGCCACUUGUCAGGCUGUGGGAUGGUAUUUAGAAUCCUGAAGCUGAGCCAGAGUCCCAGAAGACAGGGCGGCUGGCUGGGAAGCGGGGUCUGCUGCCCUGUCCUGAGACAGAGUGCAACCCGCAGCCCGAGGGUCGGAGGCCAAGUGGCGUGGGAUGGAGGCCCAGUUGGUAGACUGAGCCCGUCGCAGGUCACAGAUAAGCUUGCUGGCACCAGGGCCAUUUGAGAAGUGGGGUGCAGCCCAGGAAUUGGGGGCAACUAAGAGGUGCCCAGCCCCUGCAAAGGGCAGGAGCACUGGGGAGCCAAGAGUGUGUGCCCUUGGAGAGGGACCCAGCCCAGAGCGGAAGUCACGCGGAGGAGGUGGCCGGGAGCCAGCGAUGGCCUUGGGUGGCCCCUGCCAGCCUGGCGGGAGCCAGUUCACACCCCCACCCCCACAUGGCUCGGGUCUCCUGUCCUACGUCUGUCCCCUGAGCGCCUGCAUCUGCGUUACCUGGAAAUCCGAGCCCCAGGCUCUUUUCCCGAACGCUGGGUGGCGUUCCCCGUGCUGUACGGCAGGUCCCCGUCGCCCCUGCCUUCCGUGGAGAGAGAUUCUGGGGAACCGUGGCCAGGACGAGACGGAUCUGCAGACGCCUCGCCUCUCGGGAGCCCGUUCCCCUUCUGUCCUCUCGGAGGUCCCCGGUGCCACCUCCCGGAAGUAGCUCUGAUCUGCUCGGGGUCACUGAAGACUCCUGUCGCCGGUUCGGGAACGUGACGUCAAGGGAACGAUCUGAGAGGAAACCUCACGUCCUACCCUCCUUUCACCCCGAGUACGUCUGGGUUCCUCCACGCGGCUGCGAGUACCGACCUGGUUCCUCCCUCGGCUUCGAUGGUCCCCCUGCCCACCUCCCAGCCGUGGGCGUUUGCUCGUCCGCUCACCUGCCGGAGGCACCUGGGCUGCUGUGGACAGAACUGAUCCUCUGGGACCCAGUCCUGCGGGACGACGUUUCUGUUCCUCUUGGAGACCCUGACCCUGGAAACCCUGGAGGGCUCGGACCCUGACCCAGCGCCGAGGCCAGAUGUGGAGCGGUGGUCCUGGCCCUGCGAAAUUUUCCUGGACCCGGAGGCAGAGCACAGCAUGGACAUCAUCCUGGUGGGAUCCAGCGAGCUGCCAUCCCCACGGCCAGCCAGGCCCCGCAGAGAUCUUAUUGCACAUGAAGUCAAGGUUAACCAGCGAGACAUUGAAGACCUGUGCAUCUGCUGCGGAAGUUUCCAGGUGCACACUCGGCACCCUCUGUUUGAGGGAGGGAUGUGCGCUCCGUGCAAGGACAAGUUCCUGGAGUGCCUCUUCCUGUACGACGACGACGGGUACCAGUCCUACUGCUCCAUCUGCUGCGCUGGAGAGACGCUGCUCAUCUGUGAAAACCCCGACUGCACCCGAUGCUACUGUUUCGAGUGUGUCGACACCCUGGUCAGCCCCGGGACCUCGGGGAGAGUUCACACCAUGAGUAACUGGGUCUGCUUCCUGUGCCUGCCCUUCCCCCGCAGCGGGCUGCUGCAGAGGAGGAGGAAGUGGCGGGCUGGGCUGAAGGCUUUCUACGACCGGGAGGCGGAGAGUCCCCUUGAGAUGUACAAAACUGUGCCUGUGUGGAAGAGAGAGCCCGUCCGCGUGCUGUCCCUUUUUGGGGAUAUCAAGAAAGCAGAGCUGAUGAGUUUGGGCUUCUUGGAAAACGGUUCUGAGGCGGGAACGCGGAGGCACUUGGACGAUGUCACCAACGUGGUGAGAAGGGAGGUGGAAGACUGGGGCCCCUUUGACCUGGUCUAUGGCUCUACACCCCCGCUCGGCCGUGCCUUCGACCGCCCCCCAGGGUGGUACCUGUUCCAGUUCCACCGCAUCCUGCAGUACGCGAGGCCCCGGCCGGGCAGCCAGCAGCCUUUCUUCUGGAUGUUUGUGGACAAUCUCGUGCUAUCUGAGGACGACCGGGCUGUGGCCACUCGAUUCCUGGAGAUGUGGCGCCCGCAGCAGCCGAGGCUCUGGGCUGCGCGGGGCAGAGAGCAUGGUCCAGUCUCCCCAGUUCACGGCCGACGCUCCCGUCCUGCAGACCGACCCCGUGACCGUCCAGGACGCCCAUGGCAGGACCGUCCGGAAUGCCGUGCACGUGUGGAGCAACAUCCCGGCCGUGCGGAGCAGACAUUCGGCAGUGGUUUCCCAGGAGGAAUUAUCUUUGCUGGCUCAGGACAGGCAGCCCCCCGCCCAGAGCCCAGCUGCGCUUGUGAAGAACUGCUUUCUCCCCCUGAGAGAAUAUUUCAAGUAUUUUUCAGCAGAACUCACUUCCUGUUUAUAAAUGAGUCAUUAUACUGUGAAAAAAGACGACUUUUCCUAGAACAACGACAACUUUCCUUGCAUUGUCUUUUUUUUCCUUUUCCAAUUAUUCUUUUAGUCUCUUGUCUUGGGAUUUCCGGUGGUCGCUCCAGACCUGUCAUCCCUCUGGGUCUGGAGAUGCAGGCCCCGCCCCCACCAGGACCUUUGAGGGGAGGGGCGAAGCCCCCAGGGUUCACGCGUGCCGUGCGGCUGGAAGCGUUACUGUACGUCUGUUGAGAAGUUAAAAAUAUAUUUUUGCAAUAGUUAUGGGUCAUCUUUGUGUUUUUGUGUAUGAGCACAGCUCUUCCUCCGUAGGACAUGGGAAGUGUGUGUGAGAAAGAUGAGCAGGACACAUCGUUAGAACUGCUCACUGCACCUGCUUCAUUUCUACGCGACGAUGCUGUCAUGACUGUCAUUUGCUUGGAGGGUUAAAACCUGUCACCCUGGAAUUCCCAUCGUGG